UGUAUGUGACCUGACCUUUCUCUCUAGCUGCCUUUAACAUUUUUUCCUUCAUUUUGACCUUGGAGAAUCUCAUGGGUAUGUGUCUUGAUGAUGAUCUUCUUGUGAAUUAUCUUGUGUGGGAUCUCUGCAUUUCCUGAAUUUGAAUAUUGGCCUCCCUAGCUAAGUUGGGAAAGUUCUCAUGGAUGAUAUCUUGAAAUAUAAUUUCCCAGUUGCUUCCAUUCUCUUCAUCUCAGGGACACCAAUGGGUUAUGGAUUUGGUCUCUUUACAUAAUCUCGUAUUUCUCAUAAGUUUUGUUCAUUCAUUUUCAUUCUUUUUUCUUUAUUCUUUUCUGACUAUCUUAUUUCAGAAAGGCAGUCUUCAAGCUCUGAUUCUUUCUUCCUCUUGGUCCAUUCUGCUAUUAAUUCUUGUGAUUGCAUUAUGAAAUUUUUGUAGCGUGUGUUUUCAGCUCUAUCAGAUUAGUUAUAUUGUUUUUUAUGCUGGCUAUUUUGCCUGUCAGUUUCUGUAACAUUCCAGUGCACAUUUCUAAUGUUGUUUCUGUAAUUUCAGCCAUCUCGGCCUGGUUCAGAAACCUUGCUAGAAGGCUAUUGUGAUAAUUUGUAGGAAAGAAAGCACUCUGGCUUUUUGAGCUGUCACGUUUCUUGUGCUGGUUCUUUCUCAUCUUUAUGGGCUGAUGUUCCUUUAUUCUUUGAGGUUGCUGUCCUGUGGAUGAAUUGUUUUUCUCUUAUCCUAUUUGAUGACCUUGAUAGUUUGUGGUAUUUGGUGGGUACAGUCAACUUGCUUUGUUUCUGAAGAUAUUAGGGGGCAGGGCUCACUCUGAUGGGUGGCGGCAGCCAAAGAAUUUCAUGGGGCUGUGGCAGUGAGAUCUGUUCUUGUUCACAUGUCCUAGCAGCAGUGGCAGCAGCAACAUGCUUAUUGGCUACCACAGGGCAUUAGCAGGUGCCAGGGUGCAGGCCUCCAUAUGGGUGUUUGCAGAGGCAGAGGAGGUAGCAUGGCUUGGGCACUGGGGGGACCCCUACUUGUUACAGUGCACCUCAUCAUGCCAGUGUUGUUGUCAGCACAGAGGUGGGGUGUUGGCAGAAGCAAUACUGUGUGUGCCCCCUGUGCACAUUCACACAGGUAGAGGUGGCCUCUCAGGGUGGCAGAGUGUCAUUUGUUUUCUAAGCCUAGUUUUACUCCAGUGGCAGUGUUAGCCCAGAGGCAAGAUGCUGACAGGAGUGGUGCUAACAGGCUCUGUGCCUGCAAAGACUCUGACUGCAAUGGCCAUAUGGUUGGGGGAUGGGAGGAAUAAUGCAAUCACACUGGCAGCAGUGGCAGUGCAAGGUAUACGUACACACACACACAUACACACACACAUGCACACCCACACGCAUGCGUGCGCGCGCGCGCGCGCGCGCACACACACACACACACACACACACACACAAUGGUGGGACAGAGAAGGCAAAGUCUGUCCAUGCACAUGCAUAGUGGCAAAGCAAUGGCAGGGGGGGAGGUGUCCAUGCUCUCGUGGGAAGCUGCAGUGGAAUGUGGGAGGGGACAGGCUGUUAUGUGUCGGUGGGGGUCACUCUGCUGGAACUCUUUUCUGGUCAGGCAUGGUUCACCAGUGCAAGAGCUACAAUUUAGGCCCCCAGGGCACCUGAAGUCACACUGCAAGCAAGUCCAGCCAGGCUGAGGCCCUGGGAGAGGCCAGCAGACCAAGGGGUGUUCAGAUUGGACCAGUUUUGUGUAAUGGGCAAGAAAAUUCUAUAGAGUUCAGGUAUGGACAGUUCCCCUAGGACUAAAGUUUCCUAUGAAAGCAAGUUGAGCCUAGGAAGAUGGCCAUCCCUGGCUGCACUUCACUAUAGACAUUCCCACAUCAAACCCUCUGGGCUCUACACCAGCUGGAGUGCUGCCCCUACCACUUCUCUAAUGGCUUUCCCUGUCAACUCAAGUGUCCAUGGUGGGAGGGAGUCUCCUCCUGCCAGAAUUCCAGAAGCCCAUUUUAGAGCAUGUUGCUUCUUGCCAGUUCAACUCACCCAUUCUCCCAGAGUUGUCAGAGGCCAAGAACAAGUCCUGGUGCACUGUCGCCCUGUGCAGGGUUUCCAGCUUCCUCCUCCUCCAGCCAAGCUUCUGGUCUUUCCUCCAUCCACUCUUAGUGCCAUACCUCUGAAGAUCUAUUAGGAGUGCACCAGUUGUCCCAGUCCCUCAGUGGCAGCUGGUUCACCUGGAUGCAUCUAGUCAGCCAUCUUGCCUAGCUUCUACAGUAUUAUAAUAUUUUGGUUUGUCCAUAUGUUUACUUUUAGCAGUGGAAGUUAUACUUUCAUUUGUCUUUGUGCUGUUUUCUAUUAUCCUUUCAUAUCAGCUUCUAAGGACUCACUUUAGCAUUUUUUCGUAAGGCACAUCUAGUGGUGAUGAACUCUCUCUGCUUUUGUUUAUAUGGGAAAUCAUUUCUCUUUCUAUUUAGAAAGACAGUUUUUCUGGAUAUAAUAUUGUUAGUUAAUAGUUUUUUUAUUAUUAUUACUUCAAAUCUAUCACAUCGUUCUUUUCUAACCUGCAAGGUUUCUGCUGAUAAAUCUACUGAUAGUUUUAUGGGACUCUCUUAUAUGUCAUGAGUCACUUCUUCUUUAAAAAUUUUCUCUUUGUCUUUGACAUUUGACAAUUUAGCCAUAAUGUUGUCAGUUUGAAGUCCUUUGGUUUCCUAUUAGUUGGGUUCUGUUGGGCUUCUUGAGUCUAGAUGUCCAUAUUCUUUCCCAGAUUUUGGAUAUUUAGGCCAUUGUUUCUUUAAAUAAAUGUUUGUCCCUUUAUGUCUCUUCUUUUUCUUUUAAUAUCAUAAUGCAUAUAUUGAUCCACUUGAUUGUGUCCCAUAAGUCCUUUUAGACUUUCUGCACUUCUUUUUUAUUAUUUUUGUUUCUCUGACUAAUAAUUUCAAAUUACCUGUAUUCAAGUUUGCGGCUUCCUUCUUCUGGUUGAUCAAGUGUGAUAUUCAAACUGUCUAGUGAUUUUUUCAGUUCACUUAUUGUAUUCUUUAGCUCGUAAUUUUCUGUUGGGCUCCUUUUAUGUUUUCAGUUGAUUUGUUAUUUUCAUUUUAUUUAUGUAUCAUAUUCUGAGCUUGUUGAGCAUCUUUAUGAUGGAUAUUUGAAUUGUUUGUAAAAUAAUUCAUAUAUCUCCUUUACUUUAGGGUCAGUUCCUGGAGACUUAGUUUGUUGUUUUGGCUUUGUGCCAUGUUUUCUUGUUUCCUUGUUUACUUUGUACCUUUAUGUUGGAUCCAUGCAUUUAAGAAAAUGACCACCUCUCCAAAUCUUUAUAGGCUGGCUUUGUGCAAGGAAAGACCUUCACAAAUCAGCCUAAUUAGAGGGUCCUUUCAGACAUUUUAUGUGUAUAUUUCUUCUCUGGACUUGUAUAUGCAAAUUUUUAAUUAAAGAGAUUUAUUAGUUCACAUCUCCCUUUAGUUCUUAGUUUCCCCCAGGCUUCUAGAGUGUACUGAACCAUAUCAGUGCUUUUUAUCUAGUAAAAUAAAUUAAAGUCUGUUUUAAAGUAAAACAAGUUUCUUGGUCAGACCCCAAAAAGCUAUAAUGUUGAACACACACUUUACUCUUCUGUCUCCCCUCCCUGAAGGAGAAGCCUUUGAGCUGUGUUAACAUCUGUCUUCUCUACUGCAUGUCCUGUGGAAUAGCAGCAAAUCACUUACAUCUCUUUUGUUUUCAGCAUCCCCCAGACAUCUAGAGUAUGCCAGCCCUGUCCGCCUUCUGAGAGCGAUGAGACAGAAACCCAUUUCUCGAGCAGUCCCCCCAAAAAGACAGAAUGUGGGACACAUGCCACAACUUUUUCCCUUCCUAGAGAGAAGCUGAGAGUUGGGAGUUUCACCCUCUCAUUCUAUGCUGAGCUGGGAGGAGGGAGUAUGGAAGAAGCCAAGAAUUGGGAGUUUUCUGCUGAUCAUGCUAUACUAAGCUGGGCAGAGAGACCAUGGCGAGAAAUAGACUAAAUAGCCAAGUUGCAAGAUACCACUGCUUCUUUUAAGAAUGAUGGGUUUCCCAGGUGAUACUUGAAAGAAGAGAUAAUGACCACCUAUCUCCUUCAUCCUGGUCACACAGAAAGGCUAUGGACUCCUUUUGGCAUUUCUGCCUCAGCAACAGAGGAUAAAAGCCAUGUUGUGAUGGAUAAGUCACAAAAGUAAAAAAUACAGACAUGGACUACAGGCCUCCAAAGAAGAAUUGAGCAUGCUGAGGAUCUGUGCCAGACAUUGGACAUUUUUGAGGUGCUAAGAGGGAGUGGUAACAUCUGAACAUACCAAACCAAACAGGCAAACUCUUGCACCAUCGCUACCACGACAUUUUACCACAAAAGAAUGCCACUGCAUGUGGAUUCCAAGCAGGCUAAAAAGAAAAAGAACUGAUUAGACCUCAGACGACCCACUAAACGGGAUGACGGCCACAGCUGAGGUAGAGACACCAAAAAUGGAGAAGAGUGCCUCCAAGGAAGAGAAGCAGCAGCCUAAGCAGGACAGCACAGAGCAGGGCAAUGCUGAUUCUGAAGAGUGGAUGAGCUCUGAGAGUGACCCUGAACAGAUAAGCCUUAAGAGUAGUGACAACAGCAAGAGCUGCCAACCUAGGGAUGGUCAGUUGAAGAAAAAGGAGAUGCCCUCCAAGCCACACCGCCAGCUCUGUCGAUCUCCCUGCCUAGAUCGUCCAAGUUUCUCCCAGAGCAGCAUUUUACAGGAUGGUAAACUUGACUUGGAGAAGGAAUACCAAGCUAAGAUGGAGUUUGCGCUAAAGCUGGGCUAUGCAGAGGAACAGAUUCAAUCAGUGCUAAACAAGCUGGGCCCAGAAUCACUUAUUAAUGAUGUAUUGGCAGAGCUUGUCAGACUUGGGAACAAAGGUGAUUCAGAAGGGCAGAUCAACUUGAGCCUGUUAGUGCCUCAUGGGCCCAGCUCCAGAGAGAUUGCAAGCCCUGAAUUGUCUCUUGAAGAUGAAAUAGACAACAGUGACAAUUUGAGGCCAGUUGUCAUUGAUGGAAGUAAUGUGGCAAUGAGCCAUGGGAAUAAAGAAGAAUUCUCCUGCAGAGGAAUACAACUUGCAGUGGAUUGGUUUCUAGAUAAAGGCCAUAAAGAUAUUACUGUAUUUGUGCCUGCGUGGAGAAAGGAGCAAUCCCGCCCUGAUGCACCAAUUACAGAUCAAGAUAUUCUACGAAAACUGGAGAAGGAAAAGAUUCUCGUCUUCACACCAUCCCGAAGAGUCCAAGGCAGGAGGGUUGUCUGCUAUGAUGACCGGUUCAUAGUCAAACUGGCUUUUGAUUCUGAUGGCAUCAUUGUGUCCAAUGAUAACUACCGAGACCUUCAAGUUGAAAAGCCAGAAUGGAAGAAGUUUAUAGAGGAGCGGUUGCUGAUGUAUUCUUUUGUGAAUGACAAAUUUAUGCCUCCAGAUGAUCCAUUAGGACGCCAUGGCCCAAGCCUUGAAAAUUUCUUAAGAAAGAGACCCAUUGUUCCUGAGCAUAAGAAGCAACCAUGUCCUUACGGCAAAAAAUGCACCUACGGCCACAAGUGCAAAUACUACCAUCCGGAGCGGGCCAACCAACCCCAGCGUUCGGUGGCUGAUGAGCUCCGCAUCAGUGCCAAACUGUCCACAGUGAAAACUAUGAGUGAAGGCACCCUGGCCAAGUGUGGCACAGGGAUGUCUAGUGCCAAAGGUGAGAUAACCUCAGAGGUCAAACGUGUGGCCCCCAAGCGCCAAUCAGAUCCCAGCAUCCGGUCUGUGGCUGUGGAGCCUGAGGAAUGGCUGUCCAUUUCCCGUAAGCCUGAGGCUAGUUCUGUCCCCUCGCUUGUGACUGCCCUAAGUGUUCCCACAAUCCCACCCCCAAAAAGCCAUGCAGUGGGUGCACUCAACACCCGUUCGGCCAGCAGCCCAGUACCAGGAUCCUCCCAUUUCCCCCACCAGAAGGCCUCUUUGGAGCAUAUGGCCAGCAUGCAGUAUCCUCCCAUCCUGGUUACCAACAGCCAUGGGACCCCUAUUAGCUAUGCUGAGCAAUACCCAAAGUUUGAAUCCAUGGGGGACCAUGGCUACUAUUCAAUGUUAGGUGACUUCUCCAAACUGAACAUCAACAGCAUGCAUAAUCGAGAGUAUUACAUGGCUGAAGUAGACCGGGGGGUAUAUGCCCGGAAUCCUAAUCUCUGUCCUGACAGCCGUGUGAGCCAUACCAGGAAUGACAACUAUUCCUCUUACAACAACGUGUAUUUGGCUGUAGCUGAUACCCAUCCUGAAGGCAAUUUGAAGCUGCACCGCUCAGCAUCCCAGAACCGACUUCAGCCUUUUCCUCAUGGUUACCAUGAAGCCUUAACACGAGUGCAGAGCUAUGGCCCAGAGGAUUCUAAGCAAGGCCCCCACAAACAGUCAGUCCCCCACUUAGCUCUGCAUGCCCAGCACCCAGCAACUGGAACACGUUCCAGCUGUCCUGCAGACUACCCCAUGCCUCCCAAUAUCCAUCCUGGGGCAACCCCCCAGCCAGGCCGUGCCCUGGUGAUGACUCGGAUGGAUAGCAUUUCUGACUCCCGCCUCUAUGAGAGCAACCCCGUGAGGCAAAGACGACCUCCCUUGUGCCGGGAACAGCAUGCCAGCUGGGACCCGCUGCCCUGUGCAACUGACUCCUAUGGCUACCACUCCUAUCCCUUGAGUAACAGCCUCAUGCAACCAUGUUAUGAGCCAGUCAUGGUACGGAGCGUGCCUGAAAAGAUGGAGCAGCUUUGGAGGAAUCCUUGGGUUGGAAUGUGCAAUGAUUCCAGGGAGCAUAUGAUCCCAGAGCACCAGUAUCAGACCUACAAGAACCUCUGCAAUAUUUUCCCUUCUAACAUCGUCCUUGCAGUGAUGGAGAAGAAUCCCCACACAGCAGAUGCCCAGCAACUGGCAGCCUUGAUUGUUGCUAAGCUUAGGGCUGCACGUUGAUAUGACAUAGUACUUAUUUCUUUAUACAAAUAUGAAUAUUAAUACUAACAAUACACUAACACAAUAAUUAUAGUAACUAAUAAUUUGUGUUGCGCUUUACAAGUUACAGAGUGUUUAUAUCAUUUAAGCGCAUAACAACCCUGUGAGGUACGUCUUACUAACAUCCUCUUUUAUAGAGAAGGAAGGUGAAGCUCAGUGAAAUUAAGUGGUUAGCCAGGGUCACACUGCUAGCAAAUGACUAAGUCAAGACACACACCCAAGUCUUCUAAAUCCAAGUCCUAUGCCCCUUUGCACUGCACCAUGCAGGUAAUGGAGGACAAAACCCAGGGGGAGAGGUCUAGACGUAAGAAACCCCAGAGGAUUCCAUUACCAGAGUUUUCCUUUUUUUUGUUUGUUUCUUUUUUUCUUUUCCUUUUUUUUUUUGAGACAAAGUCUUACUCUGUUACACAGGCUGGAGUGGCACUAUCUCUGCUCACUGCAACCUCCGCCUCCAGGGUUCAAGCGAUUCUAUGACCUCAGCCUCCCAAGUAGCUGGGAUUACAGGCAUGCACCACCAUGCCCGGCUAAUUUUUGUAUUUUUAGUAGAGACGGGGUUUCACCAUGUCGGCCAGGCUGGUCUCAAACUCCUGGCCUCAAGUGAUCCACCCGCCUCGGCCUCCUAAAGUGCUGGGAUUACAGGUGUGAGCCACCACGCCCAGCCUACCAGAGUUUUCAUAGUCACAUAUUCUAUAUUACAAAGUAUGGAUGAUAUAUCCAAUUUAGAGAGCAAAAGCAUCAGGAUCAGAUCAUAUGUUGAAUUAACCUUUUAGGUUUUUUCUAAUAGAAAUAUUUAAAACUAUUUAAAAGUAAAUGCAUACUUUAUUGCAUGGAUAUCUGAUCAUUCAAUCUUUAUUAACGAAGCUAUAGGGUCACAUUGAAGCUUCUAGAACUAUAUUUUAAAUCUAUUAUUAGCAAUUAUAUUGCAUGUAUGAAUAUAUAUAUUUGGUUUGAGAUGUGUGUGUAUCUCUGUAUAACCUUUUAUAUAGUGAUAAUGAGAGGGUAGGCUCUACAGUCUUUCGUCUAUAGCUGUAUAGGUCACUAAUCUGACUUGAUGAUUUUAAGUCACAUUUCAUAGUUUCAACUAGUUAUGAGAGUGAAAAUUAUAUGGCAAUAUUUGAACAUUGCUUUCUUAGGCACCAGAGCAAAGCAGCUCUGUUUCCUUUGCACAUUUUACCUGCCAACAUUUAUUAACAGUUCUUAGCUUCCAAGUCUCUUCACCUUAGCAAAUCAGGGAUCAGGUUGCAGUCUUCUGCAGAGGAACUGAUGGUUAAGCUCAAGUUCCAAGCAUAGUAUGUGUGUGCUACACAAGCUCAGAAGAGUUUGACAAGGACCAGGGGACUUACUACCACAAUCCACUUCCCUUAUCCCAGGAGAGAUGGCCAAACACAUGUGGCAUUAAAUGGUGAAUAAAAAAGCUCCACUCAAGGAGGGACUAUUGGAUGCUCUUUGGACUUCCAACCUAUGCAGUAUUCAACAUCACUGGAUGAAAUGUAAUGGAGGACAGUGCACAGCCAUGUAUCCACUUUCUCUUCCUGUCCACCCUUUGGGUAAUAAGGUCAAUCAUUGGUGGAACAGAAUUUCUCUAGGAAACAAAACCAGGGGAUUUUCUAUGUGGAAGAAGGAAGUUUCCAAAAGGGGAUACUGCAUCUUUACUAAUAGCUGGCUCAGUUAUGCACUUUAAAUCCACGCAAAGAGAGUGCACUUGCUGUUAAAUAAUUGUUAGAUGAGUUACUAGAAGGCAGGACUUUCAGUUUGGGCGACACCAUUUGUGCAACUUGUAUCUUGCUCAGGGUGGAAAACUUCAUAGCUAAAUGCCUCUAGAAGAGGUGUUUAUUGUUUUUUUUAAGCUGCACUAAAUGAAUUCCCUUUUUGAAUCCACUGUAUAUUUCAAUAUUUCGAACCAUGACCAGCUCACUAUUUCCUGAGCUGGAACUUGCUAACUUCUAUGAUCGUUUUUUCAUGAAAGUUGAGAAGGCCGGGCCUUGGCCUUUUGUUUCUUCAUGAGAAGGUGUGACACUGCCUAUAAAUGUUUCUUACUGUGAAACACUCUGAAUGUGAGGCUGUAGUCAGGGUUGUUUCUGGUGGUUUGAUAAUGGCUUGCAUGCUGCUUUCUGGCUUUCUGUCUCUGUCCAAGUUGAUCAAUACUGCAUCUUAACCAAUGUUUCACUUCAGUUAACCACAGCUUUACAUUCUAUCUCCUAUCCUUUGAUCUUCGUAUACCCCAGCAUAUUGAAAAAGAGUAAAAGUAUUUUCUAUCAGGUAGGUCCACAGAGUGACAGUUGCCACUGCAGUGCUUGCUAUUUCACACAAACACCAUUUCAUACCUUCAACUUCUUGGACUUUCUCAAUUGGACCUGUGUCUAAAUCAGGGUAUUUGACAAUCUCAGAUGAUGCUACUGCCUAUGUGCCAGUUAGUUCAUCUUCCUACCAAAAUCAUCAAUGGCACCACAGUAUCAACGAGCUGUACAAUUUACAGGGAAGCACAAGAUUAAUCUUGUCACCUAUAAUUCGUCUUGAACAUGUUCAUAUUUAGUACUCAGAAAACGUGUAAGCUCCUCCCAAUACAGAAAAUUCUUUUAAGGCAGCAUAUGUAUUUCUGAUUUACUAAAAAUGAUUGUCAUCCUCCUCUCAUUCUUCUUUUUGGUAUGAACCAAAAGCGGCUAGGAGCAAUGCCUCAAAUAACCAGAAAUGACCUUUUGUUGAUACAAAUUGUAUCUCUUUUUUUCCUGAUUGUAUAGAAACAAAUGUACAAAACUCAUCUUAAGCUAGGUUUGGCACUGAAUUUUCACCAUGAGGUUUGUGGCACUGUGUGUCACAGGGAAGUAGCUCAGGGGUUGUGAGGGAGCUUUUAUUUCUAAAGGGCAGUAGUAAUUUAUAGACAAAAACAAUUUUUCAAGGCCUCUUUAUUACCAGUGCACAGUUAUCACGUGUACAAUUUCAAGCAUUAUAUUGCAUAAGUUCUCUUUAGACUAUUAAAUUUAAUAUGUCCUUGAAAAAGGGAUUUUGUAUAAAAAGUGUCAGUGUUAGUGACUCAUCUGCAAGAAUCUAUAAAUGGAGCUAUACAAAUAUGAAUACAUAAAUACAGCAUGGUUCUUAGUUAUUAGAGAAACAUUUUCUUUAUAUUGAGGUCUAGGCACUUCUUGACUUUCCAUUUUGUCUGUAAUUAUAAAACAGCAAGUAACAAAGAAGCAUUGGGACCCCCUCGGCUGCCUUGAUAAUAAAAUCAAGCUUCCUUCAUGGGGCUAAGCAUGUGUCCUUCAGGAUACUUACCUCUAAGCACUCAGCAGGGGUUACUACAAAGCGUUUUGUGUGGUUUUCAAGAAACAGUGUGUUUUGCAAGAGGUGCUUUGUAAUUUUAAUUAUUUCACUGAUUUUCUGACCUCAUAGCAAGUCUGUGCCUGUUGAGGCCUUCAAUUUUGUAGCUUUUCUGAUUUUUUUUCUUCUUUUUGUGAUUUUGUUGUUUUCAUUUUGAUCUAAAGGAGAAGUGUGACCCCGGAGUGGCAUGGUCAAUCCAGGGCACCCUUUCUGUAAGACAACUCAAAGGAAAAGAAGCCUUUUCAAAGGUAAUAUCGAGCCAUUGCACUCUCUCUUAAGGUGCCAGGUAUGGAAGGGAGAAUGACAGAUGCCUUAUGGAAAUGGUCUACGAAACUUUUCUUCUUCUAAGUAAUAAAGCACAUAGCAUGAUUCUCUCUCUCUCUCUCUCUCUCUCUCUCUCUCUCUCUGCCCACCCCCUGCUAGUUUCCAGGAGAAUACUUCUCUAAAAUUCAUUUUUUUCUAUUUUGGAAUAAAUUAUCUUUAUACAGUAAUUCAAACACUGAUUUCCAUUAACCUUUGGCCCUGAGUUUUCUUCUAACAUAGAAGAAUUCAUUUUGAGAGGCACUCAGUUACCAUUCUAUCUGUGCUGUAAGUAUGGGACUUUGUACAAAUGCCCUUUUUGAGGGCCAAAAAUUUCAAUACACUUUGUUCUACUUUGUGAACCAGGUCUGGAUCUGCACAGAGAAAGUAAUGCUGAGCUGUCGAGUCCGCUCAGGUCUCCCUCCUAACCCUCCUCUGCCUUCCCCUAGUUUGUUUAUCCUCAGGUCUGACACUGAGGAGUGCGUAGUCUUCAACUGAAAUGGCACUAUAGUUAGUUCUCAUUGGAAACAAACAAGUGUAUUUCUGGAAUCUGCUUGUCUAAAAUAGCCAAUGCCUUUGUAAAGACAGCAUAUUCAAUAUCUAUUGUAUGGUAGCUAGCUAUAUACAUAGAUUGACUAUUUUUAGUCCUGGUUUGUGUAUUGUUGAGCUAUAGUAGUUUGCUUUAUCCAUUUGUGGGAUUAAACAAUACUGUUUAUUGGUUGUAAACUUUUAUAAAAUCUCUUUGGGUUUUUUGUUUGACCCAAAUAUAAUGUAAGUCUCAAUGACAAAAUACACAAAGUUAACCAGAGGUGAGUGAAAAUAUAGCCCUUCCCCAGUUUUGUCUGCCCCUAUAAUGCACGUGCAUUGCUUUGUAAUAUGCUCUCACUAGCAUGAAUGUGCUAUGACUACUUCAUGAGGUUUUAAUUUGUUUCACCUAUCAUUGUGAUGGAAAAUGCUGUAUCGCUGACAACAAUGAACUGUAACCAGUUAUUUACUGCAUAAACUAUUUGUCUACUGACCA